AUUGCUUCUUUGGCCUCGUCGGCUCCUCGGUGCUAGUCUGGCUAUUGUUGUGUGUCUUUCGGGGCAACCCUGACCUAUCAGCAGGCGGUGAUUUCUGGAUAUUUUAACCGUUUUGCUGAGCUCUUACCCCGCCAUAUUAAGCAGCCUUUGUCAGCUGGCGGUGCGUCCUCGUUUGAACGGAAUAUAAAGGAUCCCAGCGGAGGACUUUGGGGCUGGUGAAGUAGUUAAUCGGUAUGGGACAGACGGAAGACUGAGAUUCCACGUUAAGAGACUUGUUUUGUAUCGGCCCUGUUUCCACUUUCUUUUUGGAUUGUCGACGUGAAAUUAGAAGAAUAGAUAAAACAAAAAACCAAAAACGUGGAGGAGGAAAAGAAAAGACCACAGGACGCAUGUAGCCGAAGUACAACACUGCAAAGGUCUCUUUUCAAGGCUUGACGAUGGGCUGCGUCAGGAGUAAAGAGGACAAGGGCCCGGCGCUGAAGUACCGACCCGAUAACUCAAAUGCCACGCCGAUCAACUCCCACCUGGGCCAUUAUGGGCCUGACCCCACCCUGAUGGGUCAUUCACCAGCUAUGAAGACACACAACAACAGCUACAACAGUCACGCCGCCGCCCUCACGCCCUUUGGUGGGGCGACUUCGGUCAUGACGCCCUUUGGCGGGGCCUCCACCUCCUUCACCUCAGUGGCCGUGAGCAGCCCCUUCCCCGGUAUCAUCACAGGUGGUGUAACAUUUUUUGUAGCGCUGUAUGACUACGAAGCGAGGACGUCAGAUGACCUGUCAUUCAAAAAAGGGGAUCGUUUCCAGAUCAUCAACAACACGGAAGGCGACUGGUGGGAGGCUCGCUCCAUCAACACCGGACACAAAGGUUACAUCCCCAGUAACUAUGUGGCUCCAGCUGACUCCAUACAGGCUGAAGAAUGGUACUUUGGUAAAAUGGGCCGCAAAGAUGCUGAGCGUCUUUUAUUGCUUCCAGGGAACCAGCGGGGCACUUUCUUGGCACGAGAGAGUGAGACAACCAAAGGUGCUUACUCUCUUUCUAUCCGGGACUGGGACGAGGUGAAGGGAGACAACGUCAAACACUACAAAAUCCGUAAGCUGGACAACGGUGGUUAUUACAUCACCACUCGGGCCCAGUUUGAGAAUCUACAGAAGCUGGUGAAACACUACACAGAGCAUGCAGAUGGUCUGUGCCACAGGCUGACAACUGUGUGUCCCACAGUGAAGCCUCAGACUCAGGGACUAGCUAAGGAUGCCUGGGAAAUCCCGAGGGAGUCCCUCCGACUGGAGGUGAAACUGGGCCAAGGCUGCUUUGGAGAAGUCUGGAUGGGCACAUGGAACGGCACUACUAAGGUGGCUAUUAAGACCCUGAAGCCGGGUACCAUGUCCCCAGAGGCCUUCCUGCAGGAGGCUCAGAUAAUGAAGAAACUUCGACAUGACAAACUGGUGCCUCUCUAUGCUGUCGUGUCUGAGGAGCCCAUCUACAUUGUAACAGAAUUUAUGGGCAAAGGUAGUUUACUGGACUUCCUGAAGGAGGGAGAUGGUAAAUAUCUGAAGCUGCCCCAGCUGGUGGACAUGGCUGCACAGAUCGCAGACGGCAUGGCCUUCAUUGAGAGGAUGAACUACAUCCACAGGGACCUGAGAGCGGCCAACAUCCUGGUGGCGGAUAACUUAGUGUGUAAGAUCGCUGACUUUGGCCUGGCUCGGCUCAUCGAGGACAACGAGUACACCGCCAGACAAGGUGCUAAAUUCCCCAUCAAGUGGACGGCCCCUGAAGCUGCUCUGUACGGCCGCUUCACCAUCAAAUCAGACGUCUGGUCGUUUGGUAUACUACUGACUGAACUGGUGACUAAAGGGAGAGUACCAUACCCAGGUAUGGUUAAUCGAGAGGUACUUGAGCAGGUAGAACGAGGUUACCGCAUGCCUUGCCCCCAGGGGUGCCCCGAGUCCCUCCAUGAGAUGAUGAGGCAUUGCUGGAAGAAGGAGCCAGAUGAAAGACCGACCUUUGAAUACAUCCAGUCCUUUUUGGAAGACUACUUCACAGCCACAGAGCCACAGUACCAGCCAGGGGACAACCUCUAGUCUGGGGGAUUUGGGGGUUGAACUGUGGCCUCACACAGAGGUACAUCAGUGGAGAUCAAAGCCUGGGACAACAGACAACUUCAGUGGGAAAAGCCUUGAUGAGGCUGCAGAGAAAGAAGUUUUAAUGCUACAAACUAGUCCACAACCACACUGGUAUAUCUGCAAGUGCAAGAAGAAAAUAUUUUCCGAAGUAGAGGUUUGUCCCUUGUGUACUCGGGGACCAAAUGUUUGGGGGAGUGUCCAACUGUGCAGAUUCGUGCUGGUACUUUUAAGCUCUGGGAACCCUGCUAAUCAGAAUAAUCCAUAUGAACUGGCCACAACACUGUGAUCAAAAAGAGAGGGAUUUUCUCCUAAUUUCAAAUAAAUGGCAGAUGCAGUUUUUUAUUUUAUUUUACUUUUUAAAAAUAAUACCCUCCCCCCCUUGUCUCCAAUUCUUAAAUUUGUAUUUUAUUUUUUAUCGAUAUUGGGGUCAAGAUCUUUCACCUGUACAUGAGUUUGGUUUGAAUAUGUAGGUUGAUAAGUGUGUUUUUUUUUAAGUGACCAACAACUGUGGUUGAAAAGUAUGUGCCGUGACUGUAAAGCUUUGAUGGAGGAGGGUGAGGAGGAGGAGUAAAUGAAACAGAUGUACUUUAUGGAUGCAAGAAUGUACUGAGAGAUCAAAGCAGAUGUACAUACAGUAUGUGCAAAAAGAUGUAUUUUUAGCAGGUGUGAUCAGGUGGGAUGAAUGCGAACGUGAGAAGUGAUUUGUAUGAUUCUUUUUAACACACUUGAACGGCAAAUCACGUCGAUUUAUCAUGUUUUUUUCUUUCUUUUUUAUUUAAAUGGGGACUUGAAAUCAUAAAGAGGUAUUUUGAUAAUAUACAAGUGCAAAAAAAAACAUUUUUCCUGUUUAACAUUUUAUAAAUGUUUUUAAAUGGACACUUCAGCUGUGAAAAUUAAGUAAGAUUGAGUUUGUUUCUGUCUGAAAUUAGCAUCUUGUCGUUUGUUCUCCGCACAUCUCUGAUUGCUGUAAAAGACUCUAACAUAUUUCUUCUUAUAUUGCACAUCUGCAGAGUUUAACAUUGCAGUAGAUGAGCUAUCUCACGGUAGAUGGUCCAGGAAACUGUUAGAUCUAUUAAAUUCAUCAAAUCAUCAUGUAAAUCAUACAUGCAGCUGUAGUAUUUUCUUUCUCUUCUUCUCAGUAAAAAAACACAAACCUGUGACUAACUACGUCUUCAAUGUUCUUGGUGUCUGCUGGAGGGAAGGUUUUGUCCAAAGCCAACAACUCGAAACAAAUCUCUUUCAUUUGUAAAUGCAACUAUGCAAAGUCGUCUAGUGAUGGUUUAUGGAACGGAAAGUCUCAAAUGGUAUCUGCCUGUGUCGAGCCCCCCGUUUGGUUUUCCUGUUUCUGUUCCCAGUUGUAGAGAUGAUGGAUCACUUCUGGAGUGAAGUAACGAGAACCAGACAAACCUAACACCUUGCACACACUGUGAUCAGGUCAGGGCUUUAGUGCUUUUUUUAAAAAAAAAUUUUAAUAGAUAUUAAGAAUACAAAAGUCCAAUAACAAGGUACUUCCACUGUCUGUCCAGCGGUAUGAGAUGGGAAAUAUGAGAAGCUAUAAAGGCAACUUUCUUAAUGGGAUUCAGUAAGUAAGCUUAAGGAUUGGAUGAAUAUGUGAACUUUUUCCCUUUUUCCUUUCUGUGCGUCACUCACAAGAACCUAACAUGUUAUUGUUUCUAAAGAUGGGACUUGAACUAGUGGGGAGAUGAUAAUGAAAUUACUGAGACUGGUAACUAAUAUGAUUUUGUACAGUAAAAUAAAAGGUUUACUCUGA